AGUUGGUUGGCAAACAAAAGUAAAGAAGUAAAAACACUGUCGGGAGCAAAGGAAAUGAAUUCUCGUAGGGAGGAAGAGACAGCGAGGAAGGGGGAGGGAGAGAGUGGGUGGAAGCGACGCAGAAGUUGAUGUUUGAAUCAGUUUGAUCCCUUCCCCCCCACCAAGUCAUCUUCUCCCUCGAGUCAAAGCCCUAGCAAUUUUGUCAAAUUUGAUUCAAAUUCUCUCUUUUUCUCCGGUAGAGCUUCUCAGCCAUGGCUCUGAACAUGAAAACCUUAACUCAGGCUCUUGCGAAGACCGCAGCUGUGAUUGAGAAGACGGUUCAUACUACAGUCCAAGAAGUUACAGGCCCAAAACCUCUGCAGGACUACGAUCUCCUCGACCAGAUUGGAUCCGGCGGCCAUGGCCUUGCCUGGAAGCUGUACUCCGCCAAGGCCCGUGGAUCCACUCCGGCGCAGUAUCCAAUCUUCUGCGUGUGGGUCCUUGACAAGCGGGCAAUCUCCGAGGCCCGCGCUCGUGCGGGUUUGUCCAAGGCUGCGGAAGAUGCCUUCUUCGAUGUAAUUCGGGCAGAUGCUGCUCGGUUGGUUCGACUUCGGCAUCCGGGGAUUGUUCAUGUGGUUCAGGCAUUGGACGAAAACAAGAAUGCGAUGGCCAUGGUUACUGAGCCGCUCUUUGCUUCUGUUGCUAAUACACUUGGUGUGGUUGACAAUAUCGCGAAGGUGCCCAAGGAGCUCAAGGAGAUGGAAAUGGGAUUGUUGGAGGUGAAACAUGGUUUGCUCCAGGUUGCAGAAUCAUUAGAUUUUCUUCACAACAAUGCCCGCCUCAUUCAUCGGGCUAUUUCACCUGAGACUGUCUUUAUUACUUCCAGUGGAGCUUGGAAACUUGGUGGGUUUGGUUUUGCUGUUUCUGCAGAUCAGACCUCAGGUGACGUGAUCAAUGUGCAGACAUUUCAUUAUGCUGAAUAUGAUGUUGAAGAUUCUAUAUUGCCCCUGCAACCAUCUCUUGAUUACACUGCUCCUGAACUUGUUCGAAGUAAAACAUUUUCAGCAGGAUAUUCAUCUGAUAUAUUCAGUUUUGGAUGCCUUAUCUACCACUUGGUAGCUCGGAAGCCUCUCCUGGAUUGUCUCAACAAUGUGAAGAUGUACAUGAAUAACUUGACAUACUUGUCAAGCGGGGCUUUUUCAACUAUCCCACCAGAUUUAGUUUCUGACUUGCAAAGGAUGCUCUCAGUCAACGAGGCUUCAAGACCUACUGCCUUGGAUUUCACAGGUUCUCCAUUUUUUCGGGACGACACUAGGUUGCGUGCUCUUCGUUUCUUGGACCACAUGCUUGAAAGGGAUAAUAUGCAAAAAACUGAGUUUCUGAAGGCAUUGUCAGAUAUGUGGAAAGAUUUUGAUUCCCGUGUAUUGCGGUAUAAGGUACUUCCACCUCUUUGUGCAGAGCUCCGGAAUUUGGUUAUGCAACAAAUGAUUUUGCCCAUGGUUCUCACAAUAGCCGAGUCCCAGGAUAAAAAUGAUUUUGAUCUAUCAACAUUGCCAGCUCUAGUUCCUGUUUUGAGUGCUGCUGCAGGCGAGACACUAUUGCUUCUUGUCAAGCAUGCCGAACUCAUUAUAAACAAGACUAGUCAGGAGUCCUUAGUAGCACAUGUACUUCCAUUGCUUGUCCGUGCUUAUGAUGAUAAUGAUGCUCGAAUACAAGAAGAAGUUUUAAGAAGAACUGUAUCCCUUGCAAAGCAACUUGAUGUUCAGCUAGUGAAGCAAGCAAUUUUACCUCGUGUUCAUGGCUUGGCACUUAAAACGACAGUGGCUGCGGUGAGAGUGAAUGCUUUGCUAUGUCUCGGUGAUAUGAUCCACAUUCUUGAUAAACAUGCUAUUUUAGAUAUCUUACAAACAAUUCAACGUUGUACGGCUGUUGAUCAUUCAGCCCCAACACUCAUGUGUACCUUGGGGGUUUCAAAUUCAAUUCUCAAGCAGUAUGGCGUGGAAUUUGUUGCAGAGCAUGUUCUUCCACUUCUUAUGCCAUUAAUCAUUGCCCAGCAAUUGAAUGUCCAACAAUUUGCUAAAUACAUGCUUUUUGUGAAAGAUGUACUCAGGAAAAUAGAAGAAAAACGAGGUGUAACUGUAACUGAUKCUGGCACUCCAGAAGUAAAGGUAACACCUGCAGUUAAUGGAUUUCAGCCUCAACCACUAAGUAAACCAAGUGGUACCCUCUCUUCAAAAAAGAGUGGCUCAGCAUGGGAUGAUGAUUGGGGUCCCAUAACAAAGGGACCUACAAAUCCCCUCCAGCCUUCCACAGCUAGUGUAUCAUCCACACCAAYGGUGCCAGUUUCACAGCCAACAACAGUUACUACUACAGCAGGGCAGUUGAUGACAUCAGCAUCUACCCAGCAAACUGCUCUGUCAUGCCCUGCAGUUGAUAUAGAAUGGCCUCCUCGCCCAGUUUCCAAUCUAGCCCCUCAAUUAGGUGACAGUGAGAAAGAAAAACAGAACUCAGGUGCAUCCACCACUAAUUUUGCUGAUAUAGAUCCUUUUGCUGAUUGGCCCCCACGCCCUAGUAACUUGGUAGGUGGUUUGGGGUCUUCUGCCAAUAAGUUGAACACUGUUGGUCAGAACAGCAUUGGAGCCAAUAGCAAGCCCAUUGGAGUAUCAAAACAGGGGACCUCUGUAAAUGCCAGUAAUCAGAACAGUAGUGGUUUCAACACUCUCAACAUGCAUAGUUCCAACGAGCUUCCAAGACAGAACCAGGGGAGUAACAUGUCAAAUAUCAACAGUCUGUAUAGUGGGGGGCUCAACCUCCAAAACUCCAUUGGAUUCUUGAAAUCUAAUCAAGGGAGUUCUGCUUUGGGCAUUGGCAGCUCAAACAAUUCUUUGAUGGGUUCAAAUACUGAAACAAAAGCUACRGAUCUUAGCUCCAUAUUCGUUUCUGCCAAGAGUGAACAGAUUACACCUAGACUUGCUCCACCUCCCCAAACUGCUGUGGGAAGGGGAAGAGGGAGGGGUAAUCAAGGACAUCCCAGAGGCCCUCCAAUGUCACGACCUACUAGUGCCAAAUCACCAUCUGAGAAGCCGCCCCUUCUGGAUUUACUAUGAUCCACAUGUAUUUUAUCAUAUAGAAUUGGAGCAGCCUUUGUGGAUUAGCUUUUACAUUAGCAAUUCCACGUUGCAGAGUAUAGCUAGCUUACUCGUUACAGCUUCCAUGGCUCUCUGAGGUGGUCAAGUUUGUGGUGGUUUUCACAGAUUGCAUGUUGUAGUCUAUUUUGUCAUCGACACGGGAAUUUUUCAUUGCCCUUUUGUUCUUUUUUCUCUUUUCUUGUUCCUCUUUUGUAUUUUUUUGUUUUCCUCUAGUUUUUUUGCUAGAUUAUAUUUUCAUCAGCUUAGUGUAAUUCUUUGAAACAGCUCCAGCUCCUUGACGUUGAGUCUGGAUAAUAAAAACUUAAAUGUGUACAAAGUGGCUUUUACCUAUAACUGAGUACUCCAUAUUCGAACUUA